AUGAUGUACACACAGAUCUUGGUCUCCCCCUCCUGGCCGUCUGCCUACCUCAGGGGAGCUUGGCAGCUCCACAACUGGAGGCUCGAAGCGACAAUACCGUAUCUUGCCUCCUACACUGUGGCAUUGGAAGCCUGCUCUACAUCAUUCCCUGUCUCAUGCACUUCUGCGGGUGUCAGCAAGCGUGCAGCAGCAACGUCAAAGACUACGACAACGACGAUAAACUCAGCAAAAGAGUCUUCCGUUUGGUCCAGAUUCCUCGAGGCGCUUACGCAUGUGAGAUCCACAAUGUGUUCAUGCAUUGAAACCGCAACGUCUACAACUACGACCAAAGCAAAGACUACGACAACCACGCACAAGUCGAGCAAGUCUACCACAACAACAACCAAGCCAAAGACCACGACUACGCAUAAGUCGACCAAGUCCACAACAACAACAACAACAACCAAGCCAAAGACCACGACUACGCACAAGUCUACCAAGUCUACAACCACAACCAAGCAUAGCAGCAGCACGACCAAGCACAGCACCUCCAUUACCAAGCAUAGCACCACAACAACUAAACACAGCACCACCACAACCAAGCCAACUUCGAAGACAACUUCCACCAAACAUACUACAACCACGACCACCAGUAAACAUCCUUCAUCCACAUCUACCACUAGAAAAUCUUCAUCCACAUCCACCACCAAACACUCCUCAUCUACGUCUACUACCAAACAUUCCUCCUCGACAUCUACCACUAAACCAGUCACAACCACUACUACCACAAAGUCAACCACAAAGUCGACCACGACUACCAAACCCACCACAACCACAACUACUACCAAACCCACCACAACGACCACUACCACUAAGUCAACCACAACAACUUCUACCAGCCCAACCACAACCACGACUACAACUGUCCCAACCACAACAACCACGACUACAACCGUACCGACCACAUCAACCACCUCUACCACUUCAAGCAUCUCAACCAUAUCCGUCAUCACAACCACAGCAGGCAACUCAACCAUCUGA